CGUAGAGGAACGGUCGGUUUGAACAAGCGUGGAGCGUGAUGCGUUGCAAGCUGGCCACAUUGGCACUGGCCGCAAUUUGCCGGGCAGACUGCUCGGCAAGUGGCGAGGUGACGGAAGCAUGCUCAGGACACACCGGUGAGGACUGGUUUGAGUCCAUGCUUCCACCUGGAAUUUCGCCGCACUCUUCGUUGGUGAAGUGCAUUGGAGCGACUUUCGCGGGAUCCAUGUUUGCCCUGGCUGGCAUGCUGAUAGAGAGCAGAAAGGAUCGCAGAGAGAAGCCGAUCUCGCGCGAGGACUUGAAGCUUCCACGGUCAACCUCCUGCGCGUCUCCGGCGAGCUCUCCGGCAAAGGAGCUGGCAGGCGAGCCGCAGGAGGAUGCAGAGCUUAAGCGCUCGCAGUCCCUGCCGGCGUCACAGCUGGGGCGCACUACGCGUUCUUCCAGUCCCAAAGAACCGGAGCAGAGCCCGCCAAAGGCGCGCUCCGAUGAGUCCGACUGGCGGAGUUCCAGCGGGCGCCUGACGCGGACCGCCUCUGCGCCCCUGAAGAAGGCGAGUGUGCCCGCGUCGCCCUUGAGCGCAGUCAAAGACAUCAGCGAAAUGCAAAAGGUGGAACGGCAGGUGAAGUCAAUCCUGAACAAGCUGACCUGGGAGAAGUUCGACAAGCUCUACGCGGAUCUUUUGACGUACUGCACGGUCGAAGACCAGCAGACUCGCCUCGAGACGGUGGAGGUCAUUGCGCGGGACAUCUUCAAGAAGGCCACGCUGCAGCAUAACUUCAUUGAGCUCUAUGCAGAUCUUUGUGCUCGAUUGGAUGCGGACCUGAAACAAAGAGGCAUCGACGUGAACUUCCGGCGCGCUCUGCUGCAGCAGUGCCAGGAAUCCUUCACUGUGCACCUGGCACCUCCGCAGAUCGAUGCUUGUUUGGAAUACGAGGAGCAAUACGAAACGCUGGUCAAGUACAAGACGAAGAUGCUGGGCAACGUGAAGCUCAUCGCGCACCUGCUUAGACUCAGGAUGCUCGCAGCAAAGAUCAUCUUCCACUGCAUCGAUGAACUCAUCUCGAUCGGAUCCGCUGGCCUUGACCAGCUCGACAUCUACAGGCGCAAGGCGGAGGAAGCCGCAGGACAGCUGAGAUCUGCUUGGGAGGUGCUGGCAAAAGGCCUGCACGCGCUGAACGAGGAUGACCCAGAUGAGGCCAUGGCGGAAGCCCACAACGCCACCUCCCUUUUUCGAAGGGAGAUGGAGUGCCUUCUGUUGCUGACCAGGGCGCUCACUAGCAUCAACCGACGUAAGGAUGCGGACAAGCUGGCGCGGGACAUGCUGGCAGAGAAGAAGCAGAAGGCGGACAAGCCGUCUGAGGGCCGCUGCCUGCUUGCGAUGGCGGAGGUGAAUGCGGACCAACGGGGCAGCAAGAAGAGGGAGGAGGCGCGGGCUUGCAGCAAGCAAGCGCUGGAUAUUUUUAACCAGCUGGGUGAUGAGAGAGCGAAAGCCGCUGCUCUGCUGGUGCAGUCGCACAUUUGCAUUAAGAGUAAGAACCAAGACAGAGACAAACGAGCUGCAGAGGCCAUUGCGCUGGCCACAGAGGCGCAGAGGAUCUCCCAAGAGCUUGGGGACGUGCGCACGGAAGCCGCGUGCCUGCACGCCAUCGCCUCGGCCCACGACAUCAUGGAACAGCACACGGCGUGCAUGGUGGCGGCGGACGAGGCGCUCGACCGCUACCUGGAGCUGAAGGAUCCUUACGCGGAGGCCUUCGAGCUGUGCUGCAUGGCCCAGUGGUUCAUCAACUACUCGCGCUGGCAGCUGGCCAUUUCCCAUGCCGAGGACGCACUGGACAUCCUGCGGCGAGCGCCGAGGCCCAGCGCACCCCAGGAGUUGAGGGCUCUGCAGCUGCUGUCGCAGGCGCAUGAGGGCCGCGGCGACAAGACGGGCACAAAGGCGGUUCAAGAGUCCUUGAAGCGCUUCCAGCAGAGCAACAAUCAGUCUGCUGAGGCGGCUGCGAUGGACAUGUUACUUAGGGCUCACUGCGAGAAGGGCGAGUUCGACAAGGCCUUGGAGGCAGCCGAGAAGGCUCGAAGUGCUUUCAAGGCCAUCGGCGACGUGGCCUCCGAGGCAAACACCUCCUCGCUGAUUGCGGGGCUCUACUUGAAGCAGGGCUUGUCAGAGGAGGCCCUGAAGGAAGGUCAGAAUAUUUUGGAGCUGGUCAAGAAGUCUGGCGCCACCAAGCAAAAGUCGGAUCUUAUGAUGACGAUUGCGCAGGCACAUCUGGAGAAGCAAGAGGUCUUCCAAGCCAUGGACAUCUGCCGCGAGAUGCAGGAGCACUUUGCCGAGAGAGGCGAUGUGGAGGGAGAGGCAGAUGCCUUGCUGGCGGCGGGGUCGCUGCAUGUGCUGCAGGAGGAUUUGGACGAGGCGCGUGGCCUGGCAGUGAAAGCGCAGCUCAUCCUCAGCGAGGAGGGCAAUGCCAGCGGGGAAGGCAAGGCCCUGCGCCUGCUGGCGGAGAUCUACGCCAAGCAGGAGCAGCAUAAGGCCGCCAUUAGGGCGGGCGAGCGCUCGCGCGCCUUGCUGCGCGGGGAAGAGAGCCCCACAGAGGAGGCAUCCAUGCUGUUCUUGGUGGCGCAGGAAGCCGUGCAGCUCGCGGUGAUCGAGGGCGCGCGUGUGGGCUCUGACAAGCCCUUGAAACGACAUGCGCGGGAUGCCUUGGACAAGGCAGAGAAGUCGGCAAAGGCUGCCAUGAAGCUGUGCAAGGAGAAUGCAUCGCAGACUGGCAUCACCGAGAUCUUGGGCUCCUCCAUGUGCUCCAUGUCCCAGGUGCACAUGCUGCGAAGCAACUACCAGGAGGCCCUCUCUGUAGCCCGCAAUGCGGUGCAGCUCUUCUCCGACGAAGGCCACCCUCGAAACCAGGCCUCUGCAAACUUGCUGUGUGCUGACGCCCACCGAGCAAUGGAGAACUACUCGGAAGCGCAAAAGUGUGCAUUCGAGGCCACCCGCUGCUUCAAGGAAGCCGAUCCCGUGGAUGAGAAAGGCCUCGAGGCGGCGCAGAAGGUCUUAGAUUCUUUGAAGCAGCACCUGGCGCCUGCGCCACGGCCCACCUACCAAGGACCCACCGGUGGCGGCGGUCUGCCGGCACAGAUGCUGGCAGGCUACGAGGACGAGGAGGAAGCGCCCGGUGAAGCGCGAGUGGCGAGGAGCAGGCCUUCAGGCCCCGCGCUGGAUGUCAAGAAUCUGCGGCCGGAGCUCGUGCAAAAGAAGAUUAUGGAGGUUGCCCUGGCUUUGACGGGAGCACCGGAGGACGAGAUUCAGAUAGACACGCCGCUGAUGGAAGCUGGCGUGACGAGCACCAUGGCAGUGGGGUUGUCCGACGAGCUGAAGAAGGAUCUUCCUGGCAUUCGCCUUCCAGCGACCUUGGUGUUUGACUAUCCCUCAAUUGCAGCCAUGACGGAAUUGAUCCUGGAGGGCGCGCUGGAGACGCUCUGCGCGUUUCUGGACACCUUGGGCGCCACCUUCGACAAGCCCCAGUGGUCCGGGCACUCGCGCCUCGAGGAGGUCUUCCAAAAGGCGCGCCUCUUGCUGGACUCGAGCCACGGUUUUGGGACAUUUUGGGACGUGCUUGUUGAGGGCCAAUUCACUCAAUAA